AUGGUGGGACCGGAGAGGACGCAGGGAGGCGAGCUUGAUAGCGUGACGUUUUCGCGAGCGAAGGAGCGGGAGAAAGAGGAGAUUCGCGGGAAGAAGCGGAGAGAAAAGGAGGAGAAACGCGAGACAGAACGCCGGGAAAAAGAGGAGCGACGAGCGGAAAAGCGUGCGAAACGGGAGAGCCGAAACGGUGUAGCGGCACCCGGGAAUGCGGACCUGUCAGGUUCCGCUGCGGAGCUAGCAUCCAAUGCAGCUGAAACGUCAAACGGGGUUGGGGUUAAAGCGUCGGGUGGGGUUAAAGCAUCUUCUGGGGGCAAGCCGUCUGCUGGGGUUAAAGCAUAUGCCGAGGUUAAAGCAUCGGGUGUGGCGGAGGUGUCUAAUGCAGCAGCAGACAGCUCGAGCGAGGACGAGGAGGAGGCAAAGAGGCAAGCGGCGAUCAGCUCUGUCGUGGUUAAAGGGACGCAUAUCAUGGGCGCUGCUGCCGCUACUGCCACGUUCAGGCACAAGCGCAAGGCAAAGAGGGGGCUCCAAUCAACCCUGGCGAGCAAGGAGAGGAGACGGUUGAGGAAGAUGGGUUUACAGCCGGAUGGAGAGGAGGAGGGGAGUGAGAGUGAAAAUGAAGGGGAGGAGGAGGGAGGGGAGGAUGGGGAGGGGAGGGGCGGAGAAGAUAAGGGUAAAGACCUGAAGCUCAAGCACUAUCAGAUUCGGGCUCAGGAUAUGCUGCAUCAGCAUUUGGACAAGCUACUGGAGAUGACUGUAGCUGCUGUGGAGAAAGGAGUAGGGGAAGGAGAGGGAGGGGAAGGGGGAGCAGAGGAUGCAGUCAAUGAAGAGCCGAAAUCAAAGGAGACCAUUGCUUCAGAUCAGCAAACCACGAAAGAUGUCACGGCGUCAGAAGAACCGAAAGCAGAUGGCAAUCAAGCUCCAGAAGAACCAUCAUUGAAGAAGAUGAAGGUUGACCCGGAAUUGUCUCUCCGUGUCAAGAAGCUGUCAGAGACGGCAGUUCUUCCCAAACGAGGGUCUGCGAGUGCUGCCGGUUACGAUCUUUCAAGCGCACAUGACGUCACCGUGCCUGCAAGGGGUCAGGCACUCGUCAAGACAGACCUCGCAGUCGCCAUUCCGCUGGGGACUUAUGCUCGAGUGGCUCCUCGCUCUGGCCUUGCCCUGAAGCAUUCCAUCAACGUGGGAGGAGGCGUGGUUGACUACGAUUACCGUGGAAAUGUGGGAGUGAUUCUCUUCAAUCAUUCUGACAAUGACUUCCCUGUGAAGGCCGGCGACAGAGUCGCACAGCUGAUCCUUGAGCGAAUAGUCACUCCUGAUGUUGUGGAGGUGGAAGAGUUGGAUGAUACCACACGGGGGGCUGGAGGGUUCGGCUCCACAGGGGGCAGCGACGCUUUGAAGCAUACAUAG